CGACCAGCAGCAGCAUGCGAGGGUCCAGCGCGUCCGGGGCUGCGCUUCCCAAGGAGUUCUUCAACCGCCCCGACCUGACGCGCCAAGAAACCGAGUUCCUCGUGAACCUCGCCAAGGAGAUGUGCAUGGAGGUCAUCUUCUACGCGCAAGAGAACGGCGGGACGGUCAAGUGGCGGCUCAUGGAGACGAAAGCCGGCGUCCAGAUCUUCCAGGGCGAAGAGUUUGGCGGCAACGACGACCUCACGUACGUGUGCGGCGUCAACACGAUCAAGGCCAGCCUCGCCGAGGUCGCCGACAUCUUCAACAUUGCCUCGGAAGAGAAGCUCGCCGAGUACUCGCGCGUCUUCGAACCGGACCUCAUUGACAUGCUCUCGAUCUACGACCUCGCGACGCCGACGCCCGACAACCCGAUGCACUACAUUGGUGUGCGCUGGGCGGCCGUCGAGUCGACGUCGCCGCUGGUCCGGAACCGCGACUUUUGCUACCUCGAGUGCCAAGACGAGUUCGUCGAUACGCGCACGGGCAAGCAGGGCUGGGUCCGCUGCAUGCACUCGAUCAACAUCCCGUCCUGCGUCUCGCUCGAGAAGACGCUCGGCUACGUCCGCGGCAGCUACUACCGGUCCGGCUUUGUGUUUGUCGAGACCGACAAACCCGGGUUUCUGGACGUGACGCACAUUCUGCAAGUCAACUUUAAAGGGCGCGUGCCGCCGUGGAUCAAGCGCCAGACACUGCGCCAGCGCGUCCAGAGCAUUUCGCGCAUCGACAAGCAUUUCCAGAUGAAGAAGCUCAGCGCCGGGCGCAUCCUCGGCGACAUUGACUUGCCCUCGAAGAAGCACGUCUCCAACUGCCACUGGUGCGCGCGCAAGUUUGACCCGCUCUUUACACGCAAGUUUCGCUGCCGCAAGUGCGGACAAGUCGUCUGCAAGCACUGCAGCAGCCAUUGGGAUCUCAUCUUGCCCUACUCGGGCGAGAAGCGCGUGCGUAUCUGCACCAUGUGCUCGAACCUCUGUCGCAACGAGUCGGACGGCGGCGACGACCGACUCUCCAACGACCAGUUCACGCCCGAACCGGCGUAUGCACCGCCGGGACGCGCGGCGUCGCAGCACCAGUCGCAGCACCGGCAGUCGUCGGCAGCGUCGUCGUUCUCGAUGGCAGGCGACGAAAUGCACGGGCGGUCGCGCCCGUCGUCCUCGUCGUCGCUUCCGCACGUCACCACGGGCUACGCCAAGUCGACCUUGUCGCACUCGGUGUCGCUGCAGCCGCCGUCGCAGUCGCUCGUGCCCGUGGGUAGUCUGCAUCAAGCGCCGCGGUACCAGCCCGCGACCGAGACCCAGAGCAGCUACCACUACGACAAGGCGCCGUCAGCGUUUGGCGACCUCCAGAGCGACUACGAAAGCAUGUACGAGAGCAACCCGUUCGAGCGGCUCGCUCAACACAGCAAUAACGCGCCCGCCAACGUGGCUGCGUACAAGAGCUUCCAGCAGCGCAACGUCUCGUCCGCGUCCAGCGUCGACUUUGAAAUGCCCGAGCUGCAAAACCGGAUGCGCGCCCGACGCCAAGACGACAACCAAAGCGAGUUCAUGGAAAGCGUGCGCUCGAUCCGCCUCGGGAGUGGCUGGGACGUGGACAACCGCACGGACCUCUUCACCGCCGACAACUUUGGCGAGUCGGACGUCUCGUUCGACACGCUCGACCGCGCAUGGUCGACGCACUUUAAGAAGCAAGGCUCGGGCUCAUCGAUGGCGUCGACCAGCUACGCGUACCCGCCACCACAAGGGUAUGCCAAUGAACAACCACCUGCGUACUCGCAGCCGCCGAGUUUUGAGCCGCCGCCAGUCUACUACAGCCGGCCGCCGAGCAACACGGGGCUUGACCACGCAAUGGCCCGCCUGCGCGUGCAAGACCACAGUUACGAGCCUUCGCCGUACCAGUACCGCUAGUACUAAGGCGCUCCUUCACCACGGUGACUUUUUUCCGUGAUAUUUUCAUGUAGGUUAGCAGAAUCAUCAUCGC